GGCAGCGAGCGGCGGAGCGCGGCGGCGGCGGCAGCAGGAUGCGGGAGGCGCGGUUCAGGGACCACUUCUGGAGCACGGAUCUGACCAGCACGGUUGGCUAUGACAGCAUCAUUCAGCACCUCAAUGAUGGCAGGAAGAACUGCAAAGAGUUUGAGGACUUCCUGAAGGAAAGAGCAAUUAUAGAAGAAAAAUAUGGCAAGGAGCUGAUUAACUUGUCGAAGAAGAAGCCCUGUGGGCAGACAGAGCUGAACACGCUGAAGAGAUCCCUCGAUGUUUUCAAGCAACAGAUAGACAACGUGGGGCAAGGUCACAUCCAGCUGGCACAAACCCUUCGGGAGGAAGCAAAGAAGAUGGAGGAUUUCAGGGAAAAGCAAAAGCUGCAUCGGAAAAAGAUAGAGCUGAUAAUGGAGGCCAUACACAAAAACAGAAAUCUCCAGUACAAGAAGACCAUGGAGGCCAAGCGUCUGUACGAGCAGCGCUGCCGCGACAAGGACGAGGCGGAGCAGGCUGUGCACCGCAACGCCAACCUGGUCACACAGAAGCAGCAGGAGAAGCUGUUCCUGAAGCUGGCUCAGACGAAAUCAGCCCUGGAGGACACUGACAGGAGUUACCAGCAGAGUGUGACCACAAUGGAGAAGAUCCGGGAAGAGUGGCAGAAUGAGCACAUCAAAGCUUGUGAGUUCUUUGAGACGCAGGAGUGCGAGCGGAUCAGCUAUUUCCGUAAUGCCCUCUGGCUCCAUGUCAACCAGCUCUCCCUGGGGUGUGUCCAGAAUGAUGAGAAAUAUGAGGAAAUCCGCAAGAGUUUAGAAAUGUGCAGCAUUGAGAAGGAUGUUGAUUUUUUCGUAAAUUUACGCAAAACUGGAAGUUUGGCCCCAGCUCCUGUUGUUUAUGAAAACUACUAUAAUGCCCAGAGAAAUGUGACUUCUGCUAGAAGUCCAGCUCCUGUACCUAUAUCAAGGAGGGGACCCCUGCCCACCCCGACCAGUGCACCAGGGGAACCUGAUUAUGCCACAGUUGAUGGCUACAGCUUGGUACAUUUCUAGCAGCCACAGUGUUCCAGAAGGCAGAAGACACUGUUGGUCUGACCAGCGUGGUAUUUUCAGUUAUUCCCAGACACAUAGAGCUGAAGUGCUUCUGCUUCUCAAGAGAAUAUUUGAGGACUCCAAUAAUUAUUUGUACAUUCAGAAAGCGCUUACUAAAAAUCUAUGCCUUUGAUCAGCAAACGUCUUGGAUGGAUCUUCACACUCAGAGGAAGAAAAGGACCAGACUCAGGGGUGAUCCAUGUUGGAAGAAGUUUUUGAUUUGAAGUUCUUCUAAAGUGUAGUCAUCUGGAAGGUCUGGAGCCUCCCACUCUGUAGAUAACUCAGAAGUUGUGUGCGAUGAGAGGAGUGCUGCACGAUGCUUUGGGCACACUGGCUUGUGCUCAGGAUAUGUGCAUCCCUCCCAGAUCUCAGGUUUUGCCUGUUCCUAAGGGCUUUUUCCUGUUCCUAAAGUCUUCCAUUAGUGGGGAUUAAACUUGUAAUUUAGGUAAAAUUUUAUUCCUAUCUCUCAGAAAUCUUACUUGGAGGGGCAUCAGCAGUUGCACUGCAAAUCUGGCUUAGCUGUAGCUGUGCUCCAAGCUUCAGUGCUGACACUGCAAGCUGAUUUUGCAUCUACCCAGGGAGGGGCUGUGUCCCAUCCAGCCUGCUGGGAACUCCCAGGAAGGAUCUGAAGGAAUUUAUUCAGCUUUUCCAACCACCUCUCCAAUGAGGGUCUUGUGAGCUUUUAGGUUUAUGAGGUUGUCCCUGGUAAGCUCUGGAGACCAGGGGUGGAUGGGCUUGGAGCAACCUGGUCCAGUGGAAGGUGUUGGAACUGAUGCCUUUUUGGGACUGCUUAAAAACAGAGGCCAGACAAAAUUAAGGGCAAUAAAAAGUGAUUAUAUUUAUUGAAGGACCUUCAGGUACAUUUGGGGCAGAUGAAGCUCCCCAGGUGCUACACCCAAAAAAUGGACAACGAGUCACAGGUUUUCAUUUUUUUGUUAGUUUGGUCCAUUUGCAUAUUGGAGGUUAAUCUUCCAAUUACAGCUUCAGGUUACCCCAAGUUUGCUGCCCCCCAACUCACUUUUGUUUAAUUUCUCAGGGCCUGAGACAGUGAAGUGUCAUUGAUUCCCAGCCUAGAGAGGAAUUGUUGUAUCUGACCAAGAAAGGAAAACAGCAAUUAACACUGGAUAUGGAGUUCAGAGUUAUACACUAAAGAAUUGCAGGAUUACAAAUAUGUGAAAAAUAUAAAACCUAAAAUCCUAAGGCAUCAGAGCUAGGUGGUCUUUAAGGUCCCUCCCCACCCAAACCAUCCUGGGAUUCUCUGAUUCUAUGAUUUAAUUAACUUAUGUGAUUCUCUAAACUUUGGAACUUGUUCUGGCUGUGCAUCGCUGGAAACAAACUUAACUACUGCUGGAGCCAUGAAACUUGUUUUCUGACCUCAUCUCCUGAAAGUUCCUGCCCUUGCUGUUCCCAUGUAUAUGGAUAUGAUUAUUGCUUUGAUUCAGAAGCUUUCCUGCCUCAGGGCUGCUGGUCUCUCUGAUGUCCCUGUGUGCAGUGCUGCUUCACUGCUCCUCGCUGCCUUACGACGCUGCAUACAGGGACACAGCACAUGGGGAUAAACACACAAUUUACCUGUCUAAACCUGCUGCCAGGUCGCUAACCUGGGGCAACAGGAUUUGCUGUUUUUACUGUGUUUUUUUCAAGUUGAAUCUGCAUGGCUUCUGCAUGUGCCUCAGCCCACCCGUCCUUGGGGUUUUUACUGAAUUUGCUUGUGUGGGGAAGAUGUUGCUGAGCUCUGACAUCUGCCCUGCUGCCUCACAGUGAGCUGUGCAGAGUGCACAUGCCAAGGAAUCAGCUAUCCUAUUUAUUUCUGAAAGACCAAGGAUACAAAUACUCUUCUGAAGGAGCCUGCUGUAGUUUUAAUUCUAUAAAUAUAUAUUUUAAAAAAUAA